AUGUUCUGUGGCUAUUUCGCUAGGACGAAGGGAGCACACAGACACUGGGUCCGUUUGCUUCGUUGCACGCUUUGGGGACAAGGUGCUUUGUGUACUUGCGAAAGCGCUGCUCGUACAGUGGUGUUGGUACGGCUCCGUCGCGGGAUACCGCAUUCCGCUGGACACCGACACGCCUUGACUAUGAGUUCGUGGCAAGCAGCCAAAACGUAUGUUCUUUACGCCAGCUUAUUCGUUCUCAGCUUCAGUAUGAUGACUUGGUUUAGAGAACCAAAACUAACCGCAUUCUUCAGGGAAAGGACGGAAACCGGGGCUUCAGCGGUAUUGGCGCUCUGCACAGCGCCCGAGGCCGCCACAGCGGAGAGCAUCGCACAGGCGCUGCUCUCAGCGCACCUUGUUGCCUGCGUCAACAUUGUGCCUGGCGUACAGUCUAUGUACUGGUGGGAGGGCAAGAUUCACAACGACAAGGAAAGUCUCCUCAUCAUGAAGACGAGGUCUGAAUUGCAGGACGCCGUAAUCGAUACCAUUCGGAAAGUUCAUCCCUAUCAGGUGCCUGAGGUUUUGUUUCUUCCGAUUCAGGGCGGCUUACCCGCGUAUUUGGACUGGCUCCACGAAAUGACCAGAAAAUCUUCGUGA